AUGAUUCAACGAGUUAAAGAAUUGGAGCCAAGCGCCGGAAAAGAAAAAUCAGCAGCAGCUGAAGGAUCAGAUUCGGAAAAAGUGAUGAAAAUCCAAGUGGCACCCAAAGAAUACGACAUAAACAACACGUGGGGUGACUUCGAUGGAUCAUGGCUCAAAUGGUUGGGGUUCCGAGAUCGUUUUAAAGCCGCAAUUCAUGACAAUGUUGAUGUGUCUGAUUCGUACAAACACUCGUACCUGGUCAGAUCGUUGAAAGGUGAAGCAGCAAAGGCACUCGGUGAAAGUCAUGAAGCCAAAGGCAGCUAUCAAGAAGCAUGGAACAGAUUGUCACAAUUGUACAACAAACCGUAUCAGAUUGCGCUGGAAUAUAUGCGCCAAUUCUACCGAUUGCCAGUGCUGCAUACAAGAGCCACUUCAACAGAGCUGCAACGUAUGGCAAACGCCACUCACGAAACGAUUCGCCAACUCCGAGCACUUGAAUUGCCAGUAGAUCAAUACGAUUUUGUACUCGUGCACAAUUUGCAUGAAAGAUUGGAUCCUGAAACCGCACGUGAUUGGGAAAAAUAUCAGAAGCAGCGGCUGCAGGAAAUGUUGACGAAAAUCACCGUCGGAUCAGAGCAUCGCAACAAAUCAAAGGACAGAGCAAGUGCGGGAUCAGCAAAAGGAAAUGAGACAGGAAGAGAAACCGGUGCAAUACCGAGAAAAUUUCCAUGCGAAGCAUGUCCGGAAGGCAGCGGCGAAACUCACCCACUGUUCCAUUGUCCAAGCUUUGCAGCUUUGAACAUCACGGGACGGAAAGAUUUCUUGCGUCGUCGUCGCAUAUGCCCAAAUUGUUUUAAGAAAGGCCAUAACAUCAAUUCGUGUGAAUCACAAAAGAAAUGCGGUUUGCCACAAUGUCAAGGAAAUCCAUGGCACAACAGUCUCAUUUGCCCAUUCAAGCAAAACACACAACAAGGUUUGACGGCAACCAAUGCCACCAAACGAGGAACAAGCGCAUGA